UCUCCAAGUUUAAGCCAAUAAAGGACGGAGAAGAUGCCCGGUUUUGCGACUUGGUCCAUUUAAUAAAGCGGAGUUUCAACACCCUUAGAGAAGUAGGACGGGAGAAUGACAUGGAUAACAACCACAUGCUGGCUAUCAUUGAACAGAAAAUGUUUACCGACGAUCGCAAAGUCUGGUCACGCUAUUUGGAGAGUUCAAAGAGUCAAGCCACAUUGGAGUCGUUAAUUUCCUGGAUGACAAGUGAGAUGAAGUCGAGAAUGAGAGCAACGGCACCAUUAAGAAGCUCAUGGCAGUCACCCAAGCAUGUUGGACAUGUUACUGGAAAAGAAGAUGGGAAGCCAACAAACCAUAAGUGCUGGUUCUGCAAAACGUCUGAACAUUGGACCGACCAAUGCCAAAAGUUCCUUGCCCAGAGUGCUAGCGACCGCCUGAAAGUUGUGAAGGAGAACCAUGCCUGUUAUAGCUGCCUGAAGCGAGCUGGUCGUGGUCACAACAUGUCAACCUGCUCUCGAAGGCGCCAGUGCAGCGAGACCAUCAGCGGAGUUCAGUGCAAGCAUUACCAUCAUCCACUAUUGCAUAUUUUAAACAUAUCUGCUGUGUCAUCUGUUACUACUAGCGGAGAGACUAUGUUACCGACUAUUCAGGCAGAAAUCCUGGGACCACAGAAGGUCAAGAAACAGGCUAAUAUGUUACUAGACACUGGUGCUCAAAUCAGUUUAAUACGGACAUCAGUCGCUGAGGAGCUGGGUCUCAAAGGCAAGAGUGUCACAGUAACAAUGGCGAAAGUUGGAGGAGAAGAAAAUGAGAUGUCAACAAAGAUGUAUCGAUUCCAAAUUCGAUCCCUCGAGAACCAGUCCAUCCACACAAUUGCAGCUGUGGGAAUCCCAAGUAUCAGUGGUGAUAUUUCCGGAAUGAAACUUGAUGGCAUAGCUGAAGCUUUCAACCUUGAAAGAGAGAAAUUACGAAGAGAGAAUGGUCCAAUAGAUGUCCUGUUGGGAAUUGAUCAACCGAAGUUGCACACUGGUGAGACAAAAGAAGCUGGUAAUCUUGUUGCAAGAUAUUCGCCAUUGGGAUGGGUUGUCUUUGGAGCCACGUCUGAAAAGUGUGACGUCAGUCAAGUCUACCAUGUCAAGUGUUCAAAUCCCAUCGAUAUGACCGACUUUUGGACCACCGAAUCAAUGGGCGUGGAAGGGAAUAUGUGUUCUUGUGAAAGCAAGAAGUUAAGUCCAGUUGAAGCCUACGAAGCCAAGAUUAUAGAACAAUCCUGCAAAAAGAUUGGUAAUAAAUGGUUAGUUUCAUACCCCUGGGUCAAAGAUGCAUCUGAAUUACCGGAUAACAGAAGCCAAGCGGAGAAGAAAUUGGAAACAACCGAGCGUCGAUUAGCCAAGAACCCAGAUCAUGCAGAAGCGUAUGACAAGCAGAUGAGGGAAAUGAGUGAAAUGAACUUCUCUCGAAAAUUAUCAAGUGAAGAAUUAAAGUCAUACAAGGGACCAACCCACUACAUAUCCCACCAUGAGGUAGUCAGACCCGAGAAGAAGAGCACCCCCAUCCGAAUUGUUUUCAAUUCCUCAGCAUCGUAUAAAGGGCACCGCUUAAAUGAUUACUGGAUGAAAGGACCCGAUUUACUAAAUAAUCUGUUUGGAGUUCUCCUACGAUUUCGAGAAAAUGAAGUGGCUAUCAACGCGGAUAUAUCCAAGAUGUAUCACAGAAUCCUAAUCCCGGAAAGAGAUCAACAUGUUCACCGAUACCUGUGGAGAAACAUGGAUACGGAUCGAGAACCUGAUGUUUAUGUCAAAACAGUCUUGACAUUUGGUGACAAACCAGCCCCAGCCAUGGCACAGACCGCGCUGCAAAAGACUGCUGAAGAAGGAGAAAAACGCUACCCUGCAGCUGCUGAAGUCUUAAAGAAGAAUACUUACAUGGACGACAUAUGCGAUUCGGUCCAUUCUGAAAAUCAAGCAAGAAAAAUAACAGCAGAGAUUGACGAAAUCCUUCGCAACGGUGGUUUUAACGUGAAGUGUUGGCUCUCAAACCGGUCAUUAAAGAAGAAUGAUGAAAGCGUUAUUGAAAAAAGUGAAUUGGAAUUAAAGCUCCUACAAGGCCCAGUUGAAGAGAAAGUUUUGGGAACUGUCUGGAACCACCACGACGACGUUUUUGGGUUCAAAGUGAUUCCUCCUGAACUAGUUAAACUUACGAAGAGAGCAAUACUAAGCCAAGUAGCUCGGAUCUACGAUCCUCUAGGAGUAGCUGCAGCUUUCCUGAUUCGCGCCAAAAUAGAGAUGCAAAAACUGUGGUUAGAAGGACUACAAUGGGAUGAUGAAUUGCCGCCGAAUCUCCAAAUAACGUGGAUACGAUUCUUCCAAGAGAUGAACGACCUGAACAACGUCACCUUCGAAAGGUCUCUUACGCCAGAUUCCGUGAUCGGAGCGCCAGUACUAUGCAUUUUCUCGGACGCAUCGAUUGAAGCCUUCGGAGCAUGUGCUUACAUCAGAUGGGAGACAGAAAACAACACCUUUGUAACCAGGUUCAUCGCAGCAAAGUCAAGAGUAGCCCCACUGAAGUCGCUGACCAUACCUCGUUUAGAGCUACAAGCAGCUGUCCUGGCGACACGAUUAUGUUGUUCUAUUCUCGAAGAGUCUCGAAUGAAGUUUGUGAAGAUAAUUUUCUUCUCUGACAGCCACAUUGUUCUUUCAUGGAUCCGUAACCAACCCAGAGAGUUUAAGCCGUUCGUUUCAGCCCGAAUUGCCGAAAUCCAGAGCAAGUCUGAACCAGAUCAGUGGAGACACGUUCCUGGAGAGCUAAAUGUCGCUGAUGAUGUGUCGCGAGGAAUACCUGCUCUGCAACUGACAGGCAGAUGGAAGUAUGGCCCCGAGUUUCUGAAGUUACCGGAGGAAGAAUGGCCGAGCGAGUCGUCUUCUGCUACCAUCACUAAAAGCGUGGAUAUCGAUCAGUCUGAACGUCGAAAAGUUCAACCUGUCUUUCAAGUAACCCAAUCGCCAGAAGUCAUUCCGUGCAAGAAGUUUUCCAGUUGGGGGAAACUUAUCCGAGUCACAGCCUAUGUGUUACGGUUCAUCAACACGCUACGAAACAAGCAUCAAAACAAAGACAACACAGAAACGACCCGACCGAAAGACACCUCAGAUGAUAGAUCAAUCUCAGCAAAGGAGUUAGAAGAUGCCGAGUUGUAUUGGGUCAAACAAAGUCAGAAGUCACUUCAUGAUCGCCUGAAAAAGGGAGAACUGAAAGGACUCACCCCGUUUACCGAUGACAACGGAGUUAUCAGAGUCGGAGGUCGAGUAAGCGAAGCCGUAAUCUCGUACGAUGCCAAACAUCCAGUUUUACUCCCACGUGAACACUGGAUAUCCCUGCUGAUCACUCGUAACUUCCAUCGAAACGGCCACUCAGGAGUUGCAACAACCGUUGCAAAGAUCAAGAAAAAGUUUUGGAUUAUCCGAUGUCAUGAUCUUGCCAAGUCAAUAAAGUUCCGAUGCGUAUGUUGUCGCCGAAUCCAAGCCAAAACCGAGGAGCAGUUCAUGUCAGACCUACCAAUUACCCGACUGGAGCCAUUCACACCACCCUUUCAUCGCACGGCAUGCGAUUACUUCGGUCCUUACCAAGUUAAAAUUGGCCGAAACAAAACAACCAAACACUAUGGCGUACUGUUUACAUGUCUGAAUACUCGUGCCGUACACCUGGAAAUCGCAGUGGACUAUUCCGCUAUGGAAUUCUUGCAAACCUUACGUCGAUUUUUCGCAAUCCGUGGACAACCGGCUCUGAUGAUCAGUGACAACGGGACGCAGCUGGUGGGAGCUCAACGUGAACUCCGAGAAAUGAUAGAAGGAUGGAACGAGAAAGAGUUGAAGGAAUUCAGCGCCGAGAAAGGAAUGGAGUGGAGAUUUAUUACUCCUGCAGCACCACAUCAUAACGGUUGUGCUGAGGCUCUUGUCAAGAGUUCGAAGAAAGCAUUAAAGAUCGCGAUUGGUGAACAAAUUUUGGCUCCGUUCGAGCUGUACACAUGCUUGCUGGAAGUUAGUAACCUGAUUAAUCAGCGUCCUAUUGGAAGGAUCCCCAAUGAUCCAGAUGACGGUUCUUUCCUUUGUCCAAACGACAUUUUACUUGGUCGAGCAUCAACAAUGGUACCACAAGGGCCAUUCAGAGAAACGAAGAAUCCUCAACAUCGUGUUGAAUUUGUCCAGAAGAUCAUCGAUAGUUUUUGGAAGCGUUGGAGCAGAGAUGUAUUUCCCACCUUAGUUCCCAGAAAGAAAUGGACUACUGAAAAAAGAAAUGUACGAGUGGAUGACAUCGUCGUGGUUCAAGAUACGAAUGCGAUUCGUGGAAACUGGACUACGGGCAGAAUUGUUAAUGUAUAUCCUGGAAAUGACGGACGAAUUCGUAACGUUAAGGUGAAGACAUCCACAUCGCACUACGAAAGACCUAUUACAAAAGUCGCAGUACUGUACCCUGCAGAAGGAUAUGAAGAUAAGUAACUCACAAUUAGUAACAUUAAGUGAUGAGGAAGAGUCCUCAUCGGGGGGGAGAGUGGAUUGACAGUUUAUAUACACGUGCGUAGACACGAAUGGAACUCAUUAUAAUUGAACUUUGAAACUAUGAUGACAAUAUUAGGUAUCAAAUAGCAAUCAUAGCAUUAGCAUAUAGACGCACAGCGAGACGGAAAAGGUGUAAAUAUAACGCAUGUUUUGUUAAAUAAGUAAAUGAAAGAAAGACGGGCUAACCUGAACGAUAAACGAUGAAAUAGACAGCUAAAGGAUCUCGCCACAGAAAUCGAAUUGUUAUUAUAUAAUUUAUAAUGCGAUUUGCGAGACUUCUUUGGUUUAAUGUCUGAGAUUACUUGCUAACCGGUCGUCUUGGUUCCGACGAAACACCUGAUGAACAUAU